UUUUAUACUUUGGGCUGAGCACGUCGAGGAACAGGAAGUAUCCUAAUAUGGAAGAGUGGCUCUCGGUCUUACUUCCGACUAAGCAGUACGUUAUUCUGUGCGAAGAACGGAUUUUCCAACCUGACGCGUGUUUCCGGGAAAAAUGUCCAAGUCCUUGAAGAAGAUAGUGGAGGAGAGUCGGGACAAGAACCUCCCAGAGGUAGAGAUGUGCGACAGAGGUAUUUCGAGCAUGCUGGACAUCCCAGGACUGUUUACUUUGUCCAACAUCACUCAGCUGGUCCUCAGCCACAACAAGCUGACAGCGGUCCCUGCUAACAUUUCUGAGCUGAAGAACCUUGAGGUUUUAAACAUGUUCAACAACCAGAUUGAAGAGCUGCCAACUCAGAUCAGCAGUCUUCAGAAGUUGAAACACCUCAACCUCGGCAUGAACCGUCUCAGCGGUUUGCCGAGAGGAUUUGGUUCACUGCCAGCUCUGGAAGUGUUGGACGUUACCUACAACAACCUGAAUCAGAGCUCACUACCUGGAAACUUCUUCUAUCUCACCACUCUUCGCGCUCUCUAUCUGAGUGACAACGACUUUGAGGUCCUGCCUGCUGACAUCGGGAAGCUGACCAAGUUGCAAAUACUGAGUCUGAGGGAUAAUGAUCUGACCUCAUUGCCUAAGGAGAUUGGGGAGUUGGCUCAACUCAAAGAGCUUCACAUCCAGGGCAACAGACUCACCGUCCUUCCCCCUGAACUUGGUAAUCUGGAUUUGACUGGUCCUAAACAGGUGUUUAAAGCAGAGAAUAAUCCCUGGGUCACUCCUAUUGCAGACCAGUUCCAGCUGGGUGUCUCUCAUGUCUUUGAAUAUGUUCGCUCAGAGACUUACAAGUAUCUCUAUGGCAGACACAUGCAAGCCAACCCAGAACCUCCGAAGAAGAGCAAUGAUAAAAGUAAGAAGAUAAGCCGCAAACCACUGGCUGCCAAGAACAAGUGAAGAGAAGACAUAAAAUGACCAUGAAUGAUUGCUCAGCUAGCUAAACUUGCUUCCCUUUUUUGUAUUAUGUUUGUUGAUAUGAAAUGUUCAUGGUUUUGACAGUAUUUCUUUUAAUUCUUAACAGUUUUGGGGAUGGUGGAUGGUAAAUGGCUUUAUUUUUUAUGUUCUACAACCAUAUCGAAAACCUAUUUGUAGCUUAUUGAGACAUCAUAUCAGAUACUCUGUUACUGUAUACCAAGCAGUUUGAUUACUGUAUUACCCUUCUAUGAUAUUAUUUUUUAAAGUAUUAAAAACUGUCUAUCACAUCAACGUAUGUACAAAUUAAAGAAUGUAAUCAAUUGAAAACAUUUGUAAUGAUCUUCACAUUAAAAUAAAACUAUAUAAUCUUC